ACCCUAACCAGGCGGCAACUUCGAUAUAAAAGCACUUCAAACAUUCCACUCUCUGCCUGAUUCAUAGCAUUUCUUCCUACUCACUGCCUCUCGCACUGCUCUCUCUCUCUCUCUCCACAUAUAUCUGUUAACAAUGGUGUCAAUGGAGUUCUGGGGUGUUGAAGUUAAAGCUGGAGAGUCCCUUAAGGUCAUACCCGAGGGAGAAAAACUCAUACAUAUUUCACAGGCUGCUCUGGGUGAAGGAAAGAAGGACAAGGGAAAUAUAUUUGUUCCCCUCCGUGUGAAUGUUGGUGGCCAGAAGCUAAUUUUGGCGAACCUUUCAGCUGAGCGUUUCCCUCAAAUAACAUUUGACUUGGUGUUUGAUAAGGAAUUUGAGUUAUCGCAUGACUGGAAAAAUGGCAGUGUCUACUUCAGUGGAUACAAAGUUGACAGUUCCUCUACUGAUAGUGAAGGUUUCUCUGAUUCAGAAUUUUCCUCAGAAGAAGAGGAUGAAGUGAUAAAGGUCAUUGAAAAUGUGCCUAAAGUUGAGAAAGUGAAGCCUGAAACAAGUAAAGCUAGUGCUUCAAAGCCUGAAUCUUCUUCAAAGCCAAAGGUGAUGCUUGUGGAGCCGAGCAAAGGCAAUGAGAAUGAUGAUGAUGAUGAUGAGGAUGAGGAUGAGGAAGAUGAUGAUGAUGAGGAUGAGAUCUCAGAUUCGGACGAAGAUGAGGAAAUGCUUGAUGAUUUAGAUGGAAGCAGUGAUGAUGAGGCAACACCGAAGGCAAUGGUUGGCUCAGGGAAGAAAAGAGUGAUUGAAUCUGCGACGAAGACACCUACUACUAAAAAAGCAAAGUUGGCUUCGCCUCAAAAAUCAGGUGGCAAGAAGGGUGCACACACAGCGACUCCUUACCCUUCAAAGCAGGCUGGGAAAGCUCCGGCUAAAUCUGGUGGCCAAGUCUCCUGCAACACUUGUAGCAAGACAUUUAACUCUGAUGGUGCUCUACAAUCUCAUACAAAGGCCAAGCAUGGUGGCAAAUAGAGUUGUUCGGGCUGAAAGGUGAAUUACAGGGACGGAGAGCUGUAUGCUGUAUUGGAGUUGGCAUUUCAAAGUCUUUCAUCAGUAGACUCGUGUAUCCCCGAUUUAAGAGUUUUGGGUUUUGAAAGAUUCUAUUAGUUAAAUGGAUUUAAGUACAUUCUGCUUUCACGAGUGAAUGAAUUUUUUAUAUUGUCAAAGCUUUAUUGAGGCUCAUGGAGUUUGUUUUCUA